AUGGGGCUACCUGCCCUGAUCACCCGCAGACGACUGGUCACGCAAAUCGCCAAACAGAAGAGUGUAUCAAACCAGCUCUUAAUCAAAUUGUACCUGUACAACGUGCCGAAGAUAAGUAUCGACUUGUACUACGACAUCGUUUCUGCGCUGAAACGGGAUGGGCCUAGGGUUCAGGAAGAGACUCGUAUUUUUAAUGUGCCCCAUUUCUCGGACGAAAAUUUGAUUUUGUAUAAAUAUUUCCAGUAUGUACAUUCAGGAUGUGAUAAAGAAAAGUUACUAAAAUUAAUGCUCCUUCUGUAUAACAAAAAGUUACGAGAAUACAACGAUAAGAAAAUUUAUUUUUACAAUUCGUGUGUGCAUGUGCACAAUUUUGUCUUCGAACAUUUUUUUUAUUACCUUUCCAAUUUGUCCUACUUGAGGAGAGCAGAUGGAAGGAGCGUCCAUAGCAAGUACACACUGCACACAGAUUUCUUCCUAUACGCAUUGGACUUUUAUUUGUUUCAUUUGACAAAAAAUUGCAAAUUUCUGAGCAUUGAACAGUUGAAUGUGCUUUCAAAUAUUUACUCAAAUGUGAGCAUCUCCCCAGAUGGACACUCCGGCGAAGGAAACUCCCGGAUGGGAGGAGAAUGUAUACAGAGGGAAACUGGGGCGAAGAAGGACUCGUCCGUAGCGUCCGCCAACAUAGUUGAAACGAACGCAAACAACAAGAUAUGUCUGCUGUUUAUUCAGAUAUCCAGGGGCAUCAUCGCCCAAACGCAGUCCUACAUCUUGAGAAAACGCACCGCUUCGCGAGAAGAGGUCACCACCCCCAUAAAACUAACCCAAACAAAUGUCAACACGUGUAAGACAAUUUUAAAUCAACUCUUAAACAAAAGCGUAUCAGAACAACAUCGAGAAUAUAUCAUUUUAAAAAAAAAGUACAAAAACAAAUUGCUAAAUGUGAACACUUUAAAAAAUUACCUGAACGCUAUUAAAUACCUGAAUAUUAUUAACAUAAAAAAAUAUGUAUACAUGAUCCUUUACCUAUAUUUUAAUUCAUUCGUAUUUAAUAAGUCGGUCUACUUUUCCUCUCUCAUCUUUUACCUUUUACAAAAAUAUAAUUUACACCACACGUACCUGUUUAACAUACUGUUUAUCAAGUUUAACUUAUUUUUUUUGAAUUACAAAACUUUGAAUGAGUACAACAAAGGGGUGUUGCUUGAUGCAGUUGGGAGAUAUAUUGACUCCCUUUUGACAUUUCGAAUUAAGCAAAGUGGUCAUGGCAAACUCAAAGCAACAGAGACAAAUAUAAGUCCCAGAGAGGACCACCCGGACGAACUUUUCUCCAAGAUAUAUCACAACGAAUUUGUAGAAAAUGUACACAUUUAUAAAAAACUCCACGAGGAGGAGUACAAAUGCGGAAGAAAUUACCCCAAACAUUUUACAUACUUUGAAAAUGCCUUAUUCAACUUGUUUAAAUAUUUGUAUCACAAUGUCAUAUUCGUGGAAGGCGGAAAAUUGACAGGAGGGACAAACUUCGGGGAGGAAGAAAGUGUUACACGUAUGCGCAAAAUUUUUGUGGACAAAAAAUAUAACAAAUUUUGCCUGACCUGGUCAGAACAUUUUUUGUCAAAUGUUGUGUUGCUGUCCAAUUAUGUGCAGAACUGCCUCCCCAUUCUUUUUUCCUUCAUGCAAAGAAUUGUCAUGGUUGGGGUGAAAUACACCAGACAGGGGACGAAGCGAGUCGGGACUUUCACUUUACAUAAGAGAAACAUACUCAUUCCUUGUAACGAAGGGGAGAAAAGCGCCCAAGCACCAUGUUCACGGUAUGCACACCUGUGUAGGAAUAAUCCCCAUGUGAAAAAAAAAGUAGCAUUAAACCCAUUUUCGUCCCUUUUGACGCACAUAUACGGCACAUUUAAACAGGUAGUUGUUAACUGCAGCCCAAAUGAUGAAGAGAAAAUUACGAAGAAACCCCCCAAAUGGGAAGAAGAAUCGAUUAUGUUUAAGAACAUAAAAAAAAAUAGCAAUAACAAAAUGCGUACGAGUCUCACACAUUACUACGUUAGCAGCAGUUUUAAAAAAAUCAGUGACGGGAACUUGAUUAAUGAGAAAAACAUUUUGACCUUCUACUGCGACAUAUAUUUUAAUAACAACAUUGUGGAGGUUGACGGGCCCAAGCAUUUUCUUAUAUACUACAAUGUUCAGAAUAAUGGUGACGAGGGCAGCCAGGACAAGCAGUUUGGUCAGGGAAGCCAAGACAGGCAGUUUGGCUCGAAUUGUGAGCUCCCCUUCAUCGCCAAGCAUAGGGACAUAUUCGACUUCAAUUUUGUGUUUCCUUUCUUUUUCAACAACGCAAACGUGAUGCAUUUGAAGGAUCACCAAAGUGGACACUUCUACUUUUAUAAUGACAAGAGCUUGAAGAAAAACUUUUUUUUGUACAUCAACGGUUAUUUUGUAAAGCACAUAAACUGCUACGAUCGGGACAUCAUGAGCUUCAAAUAUUUGCACGAUGUGUUGUUCAGGCGAAGGAGCGACUUCCACGUCGCGCGGUGUGGAGCAUAUCAUUAG